UAUUAAGUAAAUUAAUUAAGAAAUCAGGCAUAUGAUAAGUUCCGUAAAGAUUGCAUGUGUGAGCAGCUAUUGGUUUUAUUUUUAUUAUAUUAAAGGGACAUAAUUUGAUAUUGUUUAGAAAGAUGCUCGUGUGAAUAAUACAAUUUCAGAAAUAAUAGGAAUCUAAGGAAUAUUUAAAAUGAUAUUUAUAGAUAAGUUCAACUCUAAGAUAUUCAGGAAACUGAACAAUAAGCUGUCCAACUAUAAAAACAGAAGACGAUACAAAAACACCCCAAGUAUCGACACAACAGAUUUGGUGGAGGAGAGUGAAAAGAAAACGGUACCUUACAUCAGAAAUGCCAAGCACCCCAGUGAAUAGAAACUUGCGAUCAGCAAACAGAGGUACAGAAUCAGAAGAACAAAGAGCAGAAAGUAUCAAUACAACUAUUGAAACAACGCAACAAAGAACAGAAACUGUGGGAACAACAACAGGUACAAGUCUGAGUACAACAGCAGAAGUUCAUUCAGAAAGUGGCACACCGAUAACAUUACAAACAGAAGGUGGAGCAGCGACCAAUAUGCAACAACAAGAACAAACUCCAGAAGUUCAACAGAUAAAAAGACAGGUGUCUGCUUUGAUCAGCCCAAUUGCCAUUUUGUUUUGGAUAUUCAUCAUGUUAGCAGCAUUCAUUCAGUUAAGUGAAGCAAAGUCUACUCACAAACAAAUCCUUAAACUAAAUUAUGGCAUUAUAUUUGAAAAACAAGGUAGAAUUCAUUUUGGAAAAGAUGUCUGGAAACAUACCUUUCAAAUUAAAAUGCCAAUAAAGAAGGGAAGUGUAGAAAUUCAACAAUGUAAACAAAAACAAAUAUGCAGAAGAUACAAUGAAAUGAUUGUACAACUAGAUAUGUUGCAGAAGCAAAAUGUGGUCUAUUUAAACGAAACCGUAAAUGUGAUAAAACAAUUAAUACCAACCAACAAACCAACACUAGUCAAAGGUAGAAGAAAAUCUAAAAGAGCAAUUUUAUCUUUCGUGGGGCAAUUAUCAAAAACUCUGUUUAAUACAGCAACUAUGGACGAUGUAAACUUAUUGGCAAGGCACAUAAAUGCCUUAACUACUAGAACAUUAAAGUUAACAAAUACAAUGGCUCAACAUGAUCAACAUGAAUCUUCAUAUAUGGCAUCUGUGGAUAAAAGAAUUUCAAACCUAGUUACACAAAUAUCAGACAAUCAUAAUGAAAUUAAUAUGAUGCAAAAAUCAGUAUUAGACAAUGUCAGAGAUGCGGAAAAUUUAUUUCUACAUCUUCAAGCAAAGAUAAUAGAAUCAUUUUCAUUAUCUUCAAAAAUUAAUCAACAACUAGAACAAUUGAAAUUGGGAAUUUUUGAUUUAGUUCAGGGAAAAUUGUCUCCCUUACUAAUAAAACCUUCAACUAUAACUAACACAAUAAAUAGGAUCCAACAGGUAUUAAAUACAAAAUACCCAGGAUUUUAUAUUUCACAAACCAGUCAAAAUUUUUAUUAUGAUACCAAAAAUUUUGUAUUUUCAAAACACAAAUCUGAUAUAUUUGUGAUGCUAAACAUACCUUUAGCAUAUAAGAUGUCAAAACUUGACUUAUAUAAAGUAACGUCAUUACCAUUUCCACAUAAUUCAACAACUCAUGCUACCCAAUUGUUAAAUACACCUCAAUAUGUAGCUAUUACCAAAGAUAAACAGUAUUAUAUAAAAUUGUCAGACCAAGAAUUAGAAAAAUGUACCAAAUAUGAUGAUAACUUCCAUUGCCAGUUUACGAAAUCCUUUUCAACUAGUAAAAGUUCAUGUUUAAUGUCAAUAUAUAAUAAUCAGAAAGAGAAAGUUAACCAGUUUUGUGAUUUCCGAUUCUUACAUGAUGUUAUAAAACCAAAAAUUGUUGCUUUAACACAAUCGUCUGUCGUAAUCUAUAAAACUACACAAUUAAAUAUGGAUUGUAAUGGAAAACAAAUAAUAAAACAAGGUUGUGAUUUUUGUAUAAUUCAAAUCCCAUGCAGGUGUUCUAUUUUAACCACAAAUUUGUAUAUUCCACCAUCUUUUACAAAUUGUAAAACAUCAAAUAAUAUUACUACUAUUUAUCCAAUAAAUCUUGCUUUAUUACAACAAUUUUUUAAUGCGGAACAAUUAAAAGAUAUUCAACCAAAUUCUACUUUUAGUACUUUACCAAAUAUUGCAAUUCCAAACUUUAAAAUGUAUAAUCAUUCCUUUUCAACAUUUUUGUCAAAUGAUAAAAGAGAUCAUUUAAGCCUCACAAAGAUGGCUGAAGCUACAAAACAAGAAGGUAUGGUUUUUCAUAAUUUGGCUGAGCCUCUCCUAGAAGGAAUCAUAAAUGUUAAAGAUAAUUGGCCUGAUUUAAAUGGUAUUUUAGGCAUGAUAGGAACAGUGUUAGCAUCCAUAUCAUUUAUUUUUGCCAUAUGGGCAUUCUUUAAAAUAAAAAAACUAACAACUGCUCUUAUAAUACUUCAAGGAUCUUGCCAUGUAAAAUCUAUGACUGCCCCAUCAUUUAUUUAUAAAAACAUUCAAACAACCACAUCAAACCCAAUUACAUCAAAUCUUUUUAAAGAACUAAAGUUCAAUCAUAUUCUGGUGGCCAUAAUUGGUAUUUUGAUUGUCAUUGUGGUUUUCCUUAUGUUAUACAAAAAGAGAAAAAGUUCACAACAUACAUUUAUUUCAUUAGAAAUAACCACAGGAUCAAACUGCUUAACUCUUCCCCUAUGCAAAUUGCCACUAUGUCCAUCAUACUGGACUUUUUCAAUGCCACCAGAAGUUAAAAGUCUCAGUGUUUCUGGAAUCUUUAGACCUAGUUUACAUAUUAAUUGGGAUGAUUUUAUAAUAACAAACACUUUAACACAAAAAUCUAUAGUAGGUCCUAAAAACAUUAAAAUUUCUUUUUGGGAAGCUUUACGUGUAAAACAGAUUUUGAAACAACCAUUUUUUGUCUAUAUUUUAUUAAAACAUAAUAAUAUGUACAAAGUUAUAAACGAGCCUUGAGUUUUGUCAAUAAUUGCCUGACCAUGAGUAUUUUCUAUCUUGUCUAAUAUAACAUAACAUAGUAAGGUUAAGAUUGCGAAAAAGGGCACUGGAUUAAGUAACAUAAGAAUCAUUGGAUAUGCGAUAAACUGAAGAAUUCAAAGGAACAAAAUGAUAUCGAAAUACUGCGAGGAAUACCAACACAACUUCAAUAUGUGUUCAAAGGAAAAUUCAACAUAGAAGGAUUGAACAUUCAACUAUAUCAGUGUUCCAUGUGGAAAAUUAAAUGUGUAGAUACUGAUUCAUGGAUAGAUGUUACAAGAAAUAACCGAAUAUAAUGUAUUUUUCCGUAUAUUGCGCGACCUCGUUACCUUUAUACAAAAAUUAUCUCGUAUUCUGUUUUUUUACUUGUUAACAAAAAUGUAAAUAUGUUUUAUUUGUGAAAAUGUAUUAAUUGAAAGUAUAUGAUAUAUUAUGUUUGUAUUAUUGCAUGAAUGAGAAAUAUUACUCAUAUUUUGUAUUAUUUUGUUAUAGAUAUUUAACCAUAGCUACUUCUUUUCAUCCAGUAGAGGACGUGGAAUCAAGCAAGAAAUUAAAUGCAAAGAAUUUUUUGUAAAACCAGGGGCCAAACUUUUCGAUCUUUGUGAAAUUGCAUUUCAAAAAUUGAAAAAUAUAAAAGAAAAAAAAUUAGUUUAUAUUAUGGCAGGAAUUCCCGACAUUUGUAUAAAAGACAAAGACUACAAGAAAGCAUAUGAAGAAGUGUAUUUUGACCUAAAUUGUGACAAAGUUAUGGAAAUUAAACAUACUUUAGAAACUAUUACACAAAGAUUAAGUAAAAUAAAUUGCUAUGUCAUUUAUGUUCCAAUUACAACAAUGAAUAUUGAAAAAUGGAACUGUCAGAGAUUUGAUAUGAAAAAAACAAAAUUUCUUCUUCAUACAGAAAACUAUACGAAAAUGCAAGACAGCUUAAAUUGGGCUGUUCAUCAAAUAAAUUUAUAUAUUAUAAGACACAAUGAAACAUCUGAAUGGGCUACUCCAUUAAUACAAGCAUAUGUCCACAAGUCUACUGGAUCAAAGAAAAGAUAUGCAUAUGCUAAACUGGUGGAUGGUGUUCAUCCAUCAGAACAAUUGAUUCAAUCAUGGGUAAAACAAAUACAAAAAACCAUGAUUGAAAAUGAAUCCAGGUUAAAAAUGUAAAAUACAUAAAAAUUGAUGUACAUGUAUAUAUGUUAUUUUUUGUUAUUUUUAUAUCGACAGUGUUUUUGAUAAUAUUUUUAGGAUACAAUUAACUUUGAGGGACCAAAGUUUUUUUGUCCGACAGGGUAUUUGUGACGUAGUAAAUAUUCAUUCAAAAUAGAAUAGAAGAAUAUUUAAUAAAUGAAAGAAUAUUAAAGAAAUAAAGUAAAGAUUUGUUGAAUUUACAAAGAAAGUUAGAAUCGUAAUUUAAAAUAGAAAGGUUCAUAUUUUCAAGAAACUAAAUUAUAUUGGUUUAAAAAGUCUUAAACAAAGUUACAACACAAUAUUAUGUAACAGGAAAUUUUAUAAAACAUUAUCAAAAAGAUUGUGACAUGUUAAUCCCCCUGAAAUAAAUUAAGCUUAAGUAAUUAUGAGAAGGGGCACAUUUUAGACAAUAAAUCAUUAUCAAUAGGGAUAGCGUCCCGCCGAAGGCAAAGCGAUUAUUUUAUAAAAAAAUAAUUGUCUAUUGUAAAAUAGUGGGAGGGAGGAGUAACUCAAAUUAGUUGUAAAUUGGGGAAUAAAUUAACUUUUGAUUGGGCAAGCAAUUUUAGGCUGAUCUUGGCGUGACCACGUGAGGAAAAGGUUUUAAGGGAUAAAUUUUGAUAUUAAAACUUCACUUGGUCACUUGAUAACAAGAAUAAAGAUCUAGCCUGAAUUUGUGUCCAUUAUAUUUAAGGUAUGUAAAGUAUACAUGUUUAAAACAAAUAAGUAUGAAUAAUAAUUUAACAGAUUUAUUUUAAAUAUAAAAUAUAACAUUGUUCGAAUUGAAGAUAAAAGAACUUAUUCGUUUAACACAAGUUUAUCUACAAAUUGUAAGGAUUGUAGGUUUGUUGAAUAUUAAGUAAAUUAAUUAAGAAAUCAGGCAUAUGAUAAGUUCCGUAAAGAUUGCAUGUGUGAGCAGCUAUUGGUUUUAUUUUUAUUAUAUUAAAGGGACAUAAUUUGAUAUUGUUUAGAAAGAUGCUCGUGUGAAUAAUACAAUUUCAGAAAUAAUAGGAAUCUAAGGAAUAUUUAAAAUGAUAUUUAUAGAUAAGUUCAACUCUAAGAUAUUCAGGAAACUGAACAAUAAGCUGUAAGUUUUGGGAUGGCGAAAAUAGAUAGGUUUGGUCGAUAGGAGAAAAUGUUUAUGUCAACGGUACAUCUUGAUUAUUAAAAUCAGGUUUAUCACUUUUAGUUGCUAAGAUAUAAGUAUAAAUAUAUUGAUUGGAAGUCUUUCAAUAAUUAUGUCUUUAAAGUCUAAUCACUCAUUUUACAAUAGAAGUCCUUAUUUAAUAUGAAUAAUAAAAUGUACUGCCAGUUCAAUUUGAGCUUGAAAUGUUGAGAUGAUAAAUGAGGAUGAGGUAUAGUUCUUAUGGUGUUCAUUGUUAUACAUUUAAAAUAAAAUAUUUAGUUUGGUAAAAAGGCAGGAACAAUCCAAUGUUGACUUUUGAAUUUAUUUUUAUAUGUUUUUAAAGAAUUCAUAAAUGUGAGUUAGUUCCCUUGUUAAUAGAUGAGUUUGAAAUCUACAGAACUUGUAUUUAAAAUUCAGUAUAUGAAUGUAUGUUGUUUAUUUGAUAUCGCAUUUAUGUACAACUGUAAUUAAAUGUUCACUUGGUCACUUGAUAACAAGAAUAAAGAUCUAGCCUGAA